AUGAACGCCAUUCGUCAAAUCAUUUCACGACGCUCUGUCAUGGCCAUGGGCCCUCGCCUCACCUCCCCUGCUCGAUAUGCUUCGACAGCCGUAUCACAUCAAGCCCACCCCAGCAUGUCCCCAAAGGACAGACAAUUCAUGAGAGGGAUCUUCACCGUGGCGACUGUUGGAACUGCAGGUGCUGUGGCUUAUGGGGCUGCCAGAUCAGGUGGACGGAUGGCCAAUCGCUUCUCCAAGCGGAAUUCAACCCUCGACAGCACCAAAUGGUUCGCCGAGAGCUCAGAAUAUAACCGGACGUUGGGCAGCAAGCACUAG